GUCGAAUGAAAAUGCCUCACAAUUUGUUGUUCCCAGGCCCGUGUCAAUACUGCCAGGAGCAUAGAGAAGAUGGAAUACCAGUACAACAAGGCACAGCAGCACAACAGCUGGUUCCAGCAAGCUGCCGAAGCUCUGGAGGUGGAUUUGGAUGAUGACGUCCUAAUGGGUGGGAAGCAUGACGAAGCUGAUGAAAAGCAGAGACAAAGGAUGUUGAAAGGAAUGAAGAAAGAACUAAAACAUAUGCUCUCACAGCCUGUGUUCAAAAACUGCCUGAUGACUAGGUACCCAACACAAAUGGGCAGGUUAAUAUUGCCUGAUUUACCAGUGGCCACCCAAGAAUCCGCUUUAAGCACAAUCAUAAAACAUAAAAAAAAGCAGCCAUUGCAUAAAAAAGCAAAAUGCUGAGUGAACUUGUAAAGAUGAUGUACACAACUGUUGUGACAUAGCAAAUGGCCACAAGUGAAUACCCCAUUUAUUUCGUUUAAUAAAAAAAAACCACUUAAAA